AACGGUUGGAAAGCUCUCUGCCACCAUGGAAGAAGACUACAGCAGAUCAAGGUCUUCGUACGGCGGCGGCGGAGGGAAUAAUAUGCAGGUGGGAACCUACUAUGGACGCCCAACGAGGCCGCCACCCACCACUUCCUCCUAUGAGCUGAGGAGCUACAGUACUUCAUAUGCACAAACCCAGAUGGCUAAUCAUAAUUAUAACUACAAUAACAGGGAGAUUAAACUGAAAAAAGGGAAAAGCAUUUCUGGGUCGUCUUCCAGUUGGGGGAUCCUGGCUGAUCCGGAGUUGCAGAGGAAGAAGAGGGUUGCGAGCUACAAGAUGUAUUCUGUGGAGGGGAAGAUGAAGGGCUCGUUCAGGAAAAGCUUCAGGUGGCUUAAAGAUAAGUACACCCAAGUGCUUUAUGGCUGGUGGUGAUUGAAAGUGAUCAAUAAGUGCUUUUUGGUGGGUAAUAUUUAGCUUUUGUUCUAUUUCUAAGUCUUGAAUUGAGUUUAUGGUUGUGAUCAUAUAAAAAAAAAAAUCAUGAUUUGGGUUUGGUGCAAGUUAAUAUACUGAACUGAAUCGUAAAUUGGAUGGUCUUGUUUCUGGUUUUGAA